AUGCCACCUCCACCUGCGGCAACAUGUCUUGCUUUUCACCCCCGAGAUGACAGUAUAGUUGCUAUUGGCAAGGACAAUUCCACCAUUGUAAUAUACAAUCUCCACUCAGACGAGGUUACAAGGAAGCCUGAGGGUCAUGCCAAAAGAGUCACUAGCCUUUCCUUCUCGAACACUCUGAAUGUACUAGUUUCUACUGGUGCUGAUGCAUAUUGGAAACUACAAUUACUUUCAGACAUGGCUUAUACUCUAAUGUGA